AUGGAGAAGCAGGAAUCUAAACAAAAGAGAGCUGCAGGGGAACAGAUGGACGUAAUAGUGGAAGUACAAUCUGAAGAUCUGCAUUCCAGCCAAAGUGACUUGAGGCCCCUGACUCAAGACAGGGAUCCCAAAGGAGUCAACAAGUGUCUUAAGGUAACGUUUGAGGAUGUGAUUGCAGAGCCUCCCUCGGUGAGGAGCUUUGAUAAAGUGUGGCUGUGGAGUCACGCCCUGUUUGAGGUGUCCAGACUGUGGUGUUACCGCUUCAUCUCCCUCCUGUUGGCAGUGCCGGUCUCGCUGGCAGCAGGGCUCCUCUUCGCUGUGCUCAGCUGCCUUCACAUCUGGCUGAUCAUGCCCUGUGUGCAACUCCUUCUCAUCAACAUGCACUGGGUCCAGACUGUGUGGGGCAGCAUACUGAACAUUCUCAUCAGCCCCUUCUUUGCCAGUAUUGGAAAGUGCUGUGGUCAAAGCACAAUCCAUCUGGCUAAAGACGAAGACAGACACACAAGACUUGAGUGAAAAACACAAGACAGAGAGGGAAAAAAAGAUUGGUAACAGAUUGCAUACUAAUUCCUUACAGGUAAAUUAUGAUCUGCAUCAUGAUUUUCUGAUGUUAUUUAGAAUUUCUGC